AUGGGUGCUUACUACGCACCGAAGGGUGGCUUGCCCCCUCAAACUCAGGUCCUCACGGACCGCGCCAUGUUCACCGAAUCAUACGCCGUCAUCCCCAAGGGCUGUUUCAGCGACAUCGUCACCAGCUUCCUCCCCUUCUGGGAGCAGACAAGACUAUGGGUUAUUGCCCGCCCGCUGUCGGGCUUUGCUGAGACAUUUUCUCAGUACAUCAUGGAGGUUCAACCUGGUGGAGGUAGCGACCGUGCUGAGAUGGACGACGGUGCCGAGGGUGUCUUGUUUGUUGUCGAGGGAGAGAUAACCGUCACAUUGGCCGGCGAGGCACAUACUCUCACCGAAGGUGGCUACGCUUUCUUGCCUCCCAAGAGCGGCUGGACUCUACGCAACAACUCUGCCGAAGCUGCCCGUUUCCACUGGGUCCGCAAAGCCUACGAAUAUGUCCCUGGCCUUGAUGCUCCCGAGGCAUUCUUCCACAAUGAGAAGGAUGUCGAGCCAAGACAAAUGCCCGAUACCAACGGCGCCUGGGCCACCACACGCUUCGUCGAUCCCAGCGAUGUGCGACACGAUAUGCAUGUCAACAUUGUUACUUUCCAGCCGGGCGGUGUCAUCCCAUUUGCUGAGACUCAUGUUAUGGAGCACGGUCUCUAUGUCCUCGAGGGCAAGGCUGUGUACCGUCUGAACCAGGAUUGGGUCGAGGUGGAAGCGGGAGAUUUUAUGUGGUUGCGUGCUUUCUGUCCUCAAGCUUGCUACGCUGGUGGACCUGGGAAAUUCCGAUACCUGCUUUACAAGGACGUUAACCGUCACGCGAAGCUCACCAGAUAA